CCCGCAUCCGGGGCUCCCGGCGCGGCGCCGCCUCCCGCGCACACACGGCCAUGGCGGAGGCCUCCCCGCUGGAGAGGCAGAGUCCUUGCGUGGCCUCCUGCCUCUCGCACAGCCUGUGCCCGGGGCAGCCGGCACUGCAGACAGCAGCAGUGGUGCCCAUGGGCUCUGCCGACCACCGCUUCAGCCUCGCCGAGAUCCUGUCACAGAGCUACGGCGUCCGGGAGGGGAGCAGCGAGGCGGCCCGGGGCCCUGAACAGCCCGAGGAGGAGCUGGACAAGCACUUCGGAUCCCAGCAGCCCCCCGACCCCACCCUGCACCCCCAGAGGAGCGACAUGCCUCUGCAGGAGCUACUCGCGCUCUACAGCUACGAGGCGUCGGAUCCCACCUCUGACCGGGACAGCGAGGGCAGCGAGACCUCUUCACACCUCCCAGACAUGACCCCGGACAAGGAGCAGAUGGCGAAGGAUUUGCUGGCCGGGGAGGAGGAGCCCCAGCCUGCGGCCGCCCACCACGUUCCUGCCGUCACCUCCCGCGAGGCCCCAGACCUGUUCCCUGCCCAGAGUGGAGGCCGCUUCCUGGCCGAGACUGGCGUGGAAAAGGAGCGCCCGUCCUCUGCCUCCUCCGACGCCGACGAGGACCCUCUGCCCGCCAACAAGUGUAAGAAGGAGAUCAUGGUGGGGCCCCAGUUCCAGGCUGACCUCAGCACCCUGCACCUGCAGCGCCAGGCCGAGAAAAUCUAUGAGAACGAAGACCAGCUGCUGUGGGACCCCAAUGUCCUCCCCGAGAGGGAGGUGGAGGAGUUUCUAUACCGCGCGGUGAAGCGGCGUUGGCAUGAGAUGGCAGGGUCGCAGGUCCCAGAGGGCGAGACGGUGAAGGACAGUGAGCAGCAGGCGCUGUACGAGCUGGUCAAAUGCCGCUUCAAUGCCGAGGAGGCGCUGCGGAGGCUGCGCUUCAAUGUCAAGGUGAUCAGAGAGGGCAUGUGUGCGUGGAGCGAGGAGGAGUGCAGGAACUUCGAACACGGCUUCCGCGUGCACGGCAAGAACUUCCACCUGAUCCAGGCCAACAAGGUGCGCACGCGCUCGGUAGGCGAGUGUGUGGAGUACUACUACCUGUGGAAGAAGUCCGAGCGCUACGACUACUUCUCCCAGCAGACGCGGCUGGGCCGCCGGAAGUACGGCCCAUCGGGGACCACGGACACAGACCAGGACCUGGACACCGCUGACCCAGAAGGCCCAGGCCGCCCCCGCUCUUCGCCGCCUCUGCCCCCGGGCACCGACAACCUUGGCGCCCAGGGAGAACCCCUGACACAGAUGUGCUUGGAGUCGCCCAGUCUCCAUAGCGAGCUGCCGGCGGGCUCCAGUGGCCUGCCCGCCUUGGAGCCCGGGCCCUGCCUCUGCCCGCUGCCCGCCGCCCCUCCAGCUGAGCCUGCGCCCCAGCGCCCCCCAGAGGCCUUCUGCCCCCCGGAGGCGGCCGCGCCCGAGCCCAGCCCCAGCCCCAGCCUGGCCGUGGACCUGGCAGUGCCCGGGGCCCUCCCCGAGGACGUGUCCCUGCUCUCAGGCCGCGCUGACCUCAGCGGAGGAGCCGCCCCGGCUGUGGCGCCCGCGCAGGUGGCCUUGUCUGUCACCGACUUCGGACUCCUGGGCAUCGGGGACGUGAAUCCCUUCCUGGCCGCCCACUCUGCGUGCCCGGCGCCCGGCCUGCAUUCGGAGCCCCUGUCACAAUUGGCACCUUGGGUGCCCAGCACGCAGCCUCCCACGUGGGACCGCGCCGGCUCGUCCAACCCACAGAGGCGAGGAAGGGCCUCUCCGCGCCCCCACGGGGAGACGGAUGGACAGACGGACAGGGCAGGACGCCCCCGGCCCUGCCCCCACCAGCAGCCUUCGCCCCGGAGGCCCUUGACACCCUGCUCGGCUCCGUCUCCCGCACCCCGGCAGGGCCCUGGGCAGCUGCUUCGCGUGCCAAACCGGGGGGCGCAGAGCCAUAUACCUCGACAGACGCCGGCCCAGCCCCCACCUCCGCCCUUCUCUCCACUUCAGGAAUAGCCGCACUUUACUGCCCCCCUGGGGCCCCUCUUCUGCCUCGGGGGCUCAGGAGACAGGGGACCGACACCCCUCGGGUCCAGCCCGCCUCCACCCCGCGACCCCCAUUCCGUUGAACAGAAGCGCCCCAGCCAGCCUCUGGGGCCUGGGUUCGCUGCCUCCUCCCGGCUGCCCUCCAUUUAUUUAUGUUUCUGUUUACAAGUCCGAGUGGGGUCCUCC